ACAGAAUCACUGUUGCUGCUGUAAUGCAGUAUUUUUACUGCGGAUUUGAUUCUUUGCACGUACUUAAGUUCACUAACCAGUGUACAACAUUGUACUAUUGUGCAACAAACUAUCGAAUUGCAAACAGUUGAGCUGCUGUCUGCUCAACUGCUAUGCGAAAUUUUCCACGUAGCAGUAGUAGCAGAAUUUCAGGUUGCAAAGGGCAGGCAGAGGUAGAAAAGUAGAAACCGAGACGUGGAUUGGUUUCCAAGGCUGACCUCCACCAUUUCUGGGAUCUCUCCAUCAGGAGAGUGCAAACCCGCCACUAUUUACUUCCGGCCUCUGCAUCCGCACCACCACCACCGCGCACUCCAAAGAAACCCGGGGAUAAAAGGCGCGAGAGGUCUCAUUCCCGGGCGGGUUAAGUUAAACCAUUCUCAAGCUAAGGCUAAGCCUCGCCAUGGCGUCCACUCUCUCGUCUCCGUCGCCGCCGUCUGCCGAUCCCGUCACCGGAUCCUCCGACGCCGCCUCGUCCUUCCUCCCGUCUCUCCUCAUCAUCGCUGCUCUUCUUGCCUUCGUUCUACUAGCGUCGGUCUCGAUCCACCUACUUCUCAGACUUCUGUCCAGGUCGUCGCCGCCGCCGCCGCCGCCGCCGCCGCUCCCACGGACGCGCCGUGAGGUGCACAACGUCGAGGCGGCGGACGCUUCUCCGGUGCGGCGUAAUGGGGUUUGUGAGGGGAAGAAGGAGGUGGUGGGCGACGAGAAGCAGCGGCUGAUCGAGUCGCUGCCGCUGUUCACGAUGGCGUCGUCGCUGGCGGCGCUCCCCAAGAGCUCACCGGACUGCGCCGUCUGCCUGUCGCCGUUCACGCUGGACGCCGAGCUGCGGCUGCUCCCGGCGUGCCGCCACGCGUUCCACGCCGCCUGCGUCGACGCGUGGCUCCGCACCACCCCGUCCUGCCCGCUCUGCCGCGCCACCGUCACGCUCCCGCACCCCUCGAUCUCCGCCAUCCUCGCCGCCGAGCAGCCGCCGCCGCCGGAGCCGAGGAGCAGGGACCGUUCCAGGAGCUUCCGCGUCGAGAUGGGCAGCGUCAGCAACCGCAGCGCGUCGACGGCCACCGGCGGCAACGCCCGCCCCACCUACUCGCUCGGCACGUUCGACUACCACAUCGACGAGGAGGUCGAGGCCGUCGUCUCCCGCGCCGCGCCCAUGACAACCAGGAGCGCCGCCGCAGUCAAGGAAGACAAGCCAGCAGCCGAGCAGUCUCCACCGCCUCCCGGCGAGGCGGUGGCCGAAGCGGCGGGCGCGACGCGCGGCUGGCUGCGGGAGUACGUGGAACGGCUGGCCACCUCCGCGUCAUCCCUAUCGUCCUUCUCCGGGCGGUGGAGCUCCCGGUGGAGCCAGAGCUACCAGAGCCACCAUAGCCACAGCCAGGAGGAGCCAUGGCUGUGGGACGCGGAGGCGGUGAGGAUGUCGCCGCCGGGGACGGAGGAGGAGGAGACGGCGUUCAUGGUGCUGUACCGGUGGAUCGCAGGGGUAUAAACGUAAUUACCAUAAAAAGGCACAGGAAGGCUUUCGUGUCAAAUUGUCAUCUUCAGAUAGAUAGCCUUCAUCAGGUACUCAGGUGAAUGGUGAAUCCAAUGUUUUGGAUGCUUCUGUGUUGACUCGAUCGGGUACAAACUGGUAGGCGUAAGCAGUUUGCAGGCCUCUCUUUGCACAUAGUUAUCCUCGGAGUUCGGAUUUUGGAAACCGAGGAGAGCAUAAUUAGCAGCCAGGGUAGGAAGGAAUCAUGCAUGCAAAAUAUUGUUCUUUUCCGUGGACGAGUUUGAUGCAUCUUGUUUAUUUUCCCAGAGAUGUAGUAGUAGUUGUUGUUGUGUACUUUGUGUGACUUCAUCAUGUGUGUCACAACGUGUCAGUCA